AUGUUACCUACUCGAGCCUCGAUUCUCGGUUCUGCACUUGGCUCGGCUUUUGCGUCCGCCCAAUCAUUCGUUCCGGUUCCACAGGAUGUCGCCACUGUCAACUCGGUGAAUUACCCAGGUUCAUCCAUAUCAUACAAAAAGACGGAAUUAUGUGAAACGACCCCAGGCGUGAACAGCUACUCUGGUUAUGUGACUUUGCCUGUCGCAAACAAUUCUUACAAUGCAAGCAUCUUCUUCUGGUAUUUUGAGGCCAGAAACAAUGCGCAAAAUGCGCCGACGACAAUCUGGAUGCCAGGAGGGCCUGGAACGUCUUUUCUAGACGGCGGCUCCAACGGCUUUCCAUGCAUCAUCAACCCGGACUCGAACAGUAGCACUCUCAACGAGUGGUCGUUAAAUGUUGACUCCAACAUGUUGUACAUUGAUAUCCCGGUGCAAACUGGAUACUCAUACACAGAUAUCAAGAAUGGCACGUUCAACACGGUCACAAAGGAGUUUACCCCUUUGGCUGUCGCCAAUGAGACCAUUGAGACGAACCAGACGACUUUUGUGGCUACUAUGUCAAGCCAAGAUCCAAGUCUGACUGCGAAUACAACGAUUCAAGUGGCAAAGGAAAUGUGGGACAUUGCACAAAUCUGGUUUCAAGAAUUUCCCGAAAGAUCAACAACGAACGAGGAGGUAAAUUUGUGGACAUACUCCUAUUCAGGCUUUUUCGGGCCGGCAACCUUGGCCAACUUCCAGCAGCAGAGCGAGCUCAUCGCCAACGGAAGCAGCGCCAAUGAAAACGAUGUAGCCAUUCAAGUCGGGUCGUUGGGCAUCAUCAAUGGCUGCAUUGACUCAGAGAGCCAAGCUUCGUUCUGGCCCACAUUCGCCAUGAACAAUACUUAUGGCAUCAAAGCCAUCCCGGAAGAGGCGUAUGACAUUGCUGUAGGCAACUUGUCGACAGCCUAUGACCUCCUACACCAGUGCCGCGCUGCAGUCGCCGAGCUCGACCCUGAAGGCACCGGUGCAGUAGAUGAGGUCAAUGAAGCAUGUUUUGCAGCGACUCAGCUCGGAUUUGGCUUGGUGCAGGGAGUCUACACAGAACUUUCAAAUAGGAGCGCAUUCGAUAUCACUCUCCCCUCUCCAGCCGCGUUCCCAGCCGCAUAUAGUACCGCAUACUACAACCAGCGAUGGGUUCAAGAAGCGCUGGGAGUCCCCGUCAACUUCACCCUCAGUGCUAACUCGGUGGUCAACAAUUUCUUUGCCGCCACCGGUGACCCAUUGAUCGUCACUAAGCGGGCACUAGAGUCUCUUCUGGACGCAGGCGUUGGGGUCGCAAUGGUCUACGGAGAUCUCGACUACCGUUGUAACUGGAUGGGCGCAGAAAACGUAUCGCUGUCAGCUUCAUACUCGGACGCUUCAUCUUUCCAGAGCGCAGGCUACGCGCCUAUCACGACCAACUCAAGCUACCAAGGCGGCUUGGUCAGACAGUUCAAGAACUUCUCUUUCUCACGCGUGUUCGGAGCCGGUCACUCAGCUGCCUCCUACCAACCUGAGACUGUGUUCCGAAUCUUCGAAAGGGCAUUAUUUGGCAAGGACGUAGCGACGGGCGAGGCCGAUGCGGGACAAUCUUCGAGCUACGCCUCUCAGGGUGCGUCCAGCGUCUUGAAUGUGACGAACGAGAUACGUGAGCCGAUCAUUGGGCCUCUGUGUUUCUGGUUCGACGCUAUGGAGACUUGCGACGAAGAACAGCUGGGGGCUCUAGAGAAGAACGUUGCCGUCAUCGAAGACUACAUCGUGGUGAGCCCGGCUGGAUCAUUCUCUAGCACGUAUGGGAAUCCCACCAGCACCACAUCGGUGCCUCAGGCGACGGUGUCGAAGUCGGCGGCCACCAGGCGAUACAAGAUCAUGUUCUAG